AAUCAAACAUCACUUAUUUCUGAAAUCAAUAUGGCACUUUCAAUUAGUGGCAGAAUUGUCGCUGGGUGGUGUUGGGAGUGUUUUCAUUUCGGAAAAGCCGCGAAAGCCGAAGAUCUUAUAUUUGUGAAUACUGUCAGCUGCCGGUAAAAGCAUAAGUUUUUGCCAUGUUACGAAGAGGAGCUUUAAUAGUCUUGGAAGGCUGUGACCGGGUUGGGAAAUCUACUCAUUCUAAAAUGCUUUAUGAAGCUCUAAAAUCUGAGGAUCUUAAAGUGGAAUCACUGCAAUUUCCAGAUCGAACAACAGCCAUUGGUUCUGUCAUAAAUAAAUAUCUAACUGGUGCUGAAGAACUGGAAGAUCAUGCAAUACAUCUUCUUUUUUCUGCAAAUCGCUGGGAACAAGUACCUAAAAUGCUAAGGCUUUUAAAUUCUGGAGUGAAUUUAAUUGUGGAUCGUUAUGCUUAUUCUGGAGUAGCUUUCUCUUAUGCCAAAAAGGGAUUAAAUUUCUCCUGGUGUAAGCAGUCUGAUGUUGGCUUACCUAAACCAGAUCUUGUCCUAUUUUUGGACUUGCCACCUGAAGCCAUGGCAAAAAGGAGUGGGUUUGGAGAUGAAGUCUAUGAAAAAGAGGAUUUUCAAAAUGAAGUAAAGAAAGUGUAUGGGCUUUUGAGGGAAGACAAUUGGAAGGUUAUUAAUACUGACCGAGAAAUAAGUGAAGUGCAAGAAGAAAUCAAGACGCUUGUUAAAGACACAAUCAACAAUGUCUCCACCUCCACAUGUGAUACUCUAUGGACUGAUAAUUUUGAAACUUAUGUCUGAUCUUAUUUAUGAAUUUAAGACAUGAAAAUGCAUUUUAUACUCAAUUCAUAUUGAAGCUUUACAUAAGUUUCUUUUAGAUAUUUUUUUUUACCUUGUUAAUUUUUUACACUGUUUUUAUCUUCCAUAUAUAACGCAUAUAUGGUUCCAUUAUUUGCAUGGAGUAUGUACAAAACCUAUGCCCUCAUCUUUUCCUGUACAUUGUUUACUUCAUGUUGUAUUUUUUUCCCCCUAACUCUUUUUAGUUAUAAAAAUUCUUUCUUAUA